CCAGACAACGACAAGUAAAGUUAUUGCAAAACCCUCAAAGCGCCCAGAUAUCCAUGGCCAAGGUUUUUGAAACACAAGAAGCGGCCUAUGAAGGGCUGCUCUCCCAUGCAGUAUCUGAGGGCUACAGUAUCGCCCUCUAUAAGCGUUAUCCGACCAUUUCCUCCGGCCUGGAGACCACCCGCGUUGUUUAUCGGUGUGCAAGGGGUGGACCCAUUAUUUCCAAGGAAUUGAAAGAAGCCAGAGCCCAGGCCACGCACCCUAAGAAACGGCGGAAAAACACCAGAUCUGCAUGCACAGACUGCCCGUUCAAAAUAUGCACAAAAAAGACCCCCUCGGGUUGGGUGAUUGAGGCCAUUCAACUCCGAGGGCAGGACGUGGACCACAGCCACAAUCACCCGAUGGAUUUUAACGCCACUUCGCACCACGCCUAUCGUCGGCAUGAGAUCAACGCCUGGAAGAGUCAGAUUUUGUCUUAUUGGCGAGUUGGAGAUACUCCCGGAAGGAUCAUGGCCAAGAUCAGAGAGGAACUGGGUGGCCAAAAACCCCCAUUUUUGGUCUCAGACGUCAAGAAUCUCUGUAGAGCGCAUGGAGAGGCAAGCUUAAGGGGGAACAUAGUCGUGGCUGGGGGAGGAAAUGAGGUGGUACUCUAGUCACUGGCUGGUGCUCCUGGUCCCAUUUGGCAAUUCAAGCCACAACAAGCUGCUUGGAACUGCUGGACUUUUCAUGUCGCCAGCCAAUUGAUGGCAGAAGUUGGUAAUUGUAUGUACGAUAUCGGGUGUUUAAGUGUUUGAGAGGAAUAAUUUAGUAUAACUU